AUGCGAACACGUUCUCAGGCUCCUAAAGAAGCAUUGGCAAAAGCAGAAUCGAUAGUGAGUAAUACUAUGGAUGAACAAGAUGCAGGUGUUGCUAAGGCACUCAAGGCUUACUCUGAGCCGAAAAUCAAUGACAUUCAGUCGAGCAUUGUCAUGCCAGCAAUUCAGGCCAACACUUUCGAAAUCAAACCCAGCACCAUUCAGAUGAUUCAGAACUCAGUGCAGUUUGGGGGUUCUCCGACAGAGGAUCCUAAUAUGCAUAUCCGGGACUUCAUUGAGAUCUGCGACACUUUCAAGUUCAACGGAGUUACCGAAGAUGCUAUCAAAUUGAGGCUGUUCCCAUUCUCUCUGAGGGAUAAGGCUAAGGGAUGGUUGCAUUCUCUUCCUGCAGGAUCUAUUACAACAUGGGAGGAUCUGGCUCAGAAAUUUCUUACUAACUUCUUCCCUAUGGCCAAAACAGCUGCAAUCAGGAAUGCUAUCACUCAAUUCUUUCAGCAAUCUUGUGAAACUUUAUGUGAAGCUUGGGAACGCUACAAAGAGAUUCUUCGAAAGUGCCCACAUCAUGGGAUGCCUGAUUGGAUGGUUAUUAAUUCAUCAGGUGGAGCUUUAUGGGCUAAAAGCUAUGACAAGGCUUAUGAGUUGAUCAAGAUGAUGGCUGCGAAUGAAUAUCAGAAUCCUACUCAGUGUCUUCAUCAGAGCAAGGUAGCAGGAAUUCUUGAUGUUGAUGCGACUGCAGCCUUAACUGCUCAAAUUAAGGCUCUUACUUUGAAAAUGGAUUCCUUAGCUAACUUGGGAGUUCAACCACCACCUACUGUUUGCGAGCUUUGUGCGGGUGCACAUUCUUCUGACCAGUGUGCUAUAUCUAGUGAAUCCGCUCAGUUUGUGAGAAAUUUUCAGAGGAAUCAGCAGCCUGCUCCUGCCACAUAUUUCCCCAAUAAUCGGAAUCAUCCAAAUUUCAGCUGGAGCAACAAUCAGAAUUUCAUGCCUCAGUCGCAACAGCAGUUUCAGCUGCAAGGAGCUAGACCUUUCAACUCUUCUGGUUUUCAACAACAGUUUGCACCGAAGCAGCAAUUCCAUCCACCGGGAUUCCAGCAACAAAAUCAAGGGGUGGCUAGACAGUCUUCCAACGAACGAUCUGAAUUGGAAGAAUUAAGAUUAAUGGUUAAAAGCCAAGCGGUGUCAAUCAAAACCUUGGAGAACCAGAUUGGGCAGAUUGCUAACGCGUUGAUUAACAGACUACAAUGA